AUGGAAGGCGUUCUCGCCAAGGCCUGGGCACAUAUCAAAUGGGAGGAGGAUGAAGCUAACUAUUAUCACUAUUUUCCAAGGAAAGACUCUCGAAGAGACUCAAGGGUAGACAGACGACAGAGUGACAGACAAUCUGAGCCAUACCCGUAUCCUAGUAGAUCAGAGAACAGAAGGAGGGAGUACAACCGGUCGUCCGAGACACGUCUCCGAGAUGGACCAAAGAUACCAGAAUACAAUCUUUCGAUCUCACCAGCCAAAGUCGUUGGCGUACUAAAAGGACUCGGAGACAAAGUGAAAUGGCUGGAAAUGAUGAGGGCUCCAUCUGACCAACGAGAUAGAACAAAAUGGUGUGAGUUCCAAAAUGACCACAGCCACCGAAUGGAUGAGUGCAUUUCCUUAAGACGUGGUCACCUGACUAACUUGUUCAUAGACAAAGGCAAAAGAACAUUCCAGCAAGAGGCAGACAUGUCAGUCGUCCAAAGAGAAGUAACCCUGCUGAUGCCACCUACUCAUGAACGGACAGUGAACGUAAUAACUGGUGGCUCUGAGGUAAGCAGAGUCACCCAUUCAGCAGCCAAAAGACAUGCCAGGCAUACCAACUGGAUCAUAGGAGAGUCCAGCGGGAUAGAGAAGAAUACCAUCAACCUACUAGCUCAAACCAUCAAUUUCUCAACAACACAGUCAACCAGACUCCUCAACCCACAUCAUGAUGUUCUUGUUAUUGCACUUUACAUUGCUAAUUGUCUUACUAAACGUAUUCUUAUUGAUAAUGGCAGUUCAGCUAACAUUUUGUUUUUAAGUGCUCUCAGGGAAAUGGGGAUAGAUGAAUCAAAGAUCGAGCUACCUGUCUAUGCCGAAGGAGUCAAUCUGUCCACAAGAUUCCUGGUAGUAGACUCUCCGUCUACUUACAACGUGAUACUAGGUCGACCAUGGAUACAUGAAAUGGAGGCAGUCCCUUCAACAUACCACCAAGUUCUAAGGUUCCCAACUAAAUGGGGAGUAAAAGAAAUCAAAAGCCAACAGAAAGACUCAAGAGCAUGUUACCAGACUACCAUGAAGGACAAACCUGCUCAGUUAUAG